GUCGUAUUUUGAUGACGAGGUGCCUCUGUGUGAGCAGCAUGAUGAAUAGCUCACCUACCUGCUACGGUCUCUUGCUGGUUGUGCCUACUACCACAGAAUUCUUCCCCCUGUGUUAAGCGUAAUGUGAACAUUUGCAGUAUUGCAUGGCAGAGGCUAUUCUCAACAAUGUCGUGGGUCAAAUCUUUGGCCUCUGGAAAUGAAGACAUUUUCGAUGAAGAUACAGAUGAUAUUAGCCUACAGAAUAAGGAAUGGAAACAAAACAUGGAAAAGCGAGCCAAGGAUGGCUACCGAGAUGGUGUUGACGCAGGGAAAGAAGCAUCCCUUCAGCUUGGUUUUAACGAUGGAUACAGGGAAGGAGCGAUCCGAAUGAAGGCCAUUGGGCAACUCAAAGGAAUUGUAAGUGCUCUGCAGUGUUGGAGUGAACGGCAAGCUGUAAAAAGCUCUGCCUCGGCCUCCAUAUCCAGCCUGAUGCAGGAUGUAGUGCAACACGAGGAGGCUGUCCUGGAGGCCAUGAAGAGGGCUCAGGAGAGGCCCAUUCCCAGUGUUGGGGAGGUUUCAGAGGCCGUGGAGGACCUUGAGAUGGCAGUGGAUCAGGAGCCGCCACAGGCCCAGGCCCAGACAGUGAACUGUGGCAAGGGAGACUGCUGCAAGAAAGAAUCACACUGCUGUAGGGAGCAGUCUGCAUGCUCCUCCACUGCCACGGUGAGCUUGGAGGAGUUGGUCACAAGGUGUGCGAAGCUGGCAACAGAGCUGGAACUGUCCGAGGAAUUUGUAGGUCACAUACAACAGCUGAAGACAUAUGGGCUCUGACUCAACGAUAAAGAUUACUACUUUUUUUUUUAUGUGUACUAUUUGAAUUGUAUUGAAUUGUUCUGUUUGUCUUUUGGACUGAUCCUUUGUCUGACAUCAUUUCAUUGCCUCAAAUUGAAACCUAAAAAGCACUAAUAUGGAUGAUGUGGAAUUGAAAUGAUUUGACUGUAAGGAGUAGACUUUGACCUCAAAAAUAAAAUGGCCAGCAUUGUUAUCUUUUGUAACUUUGUACAUGAAAAAUACUCAGAUCUGUGGCAUUUAAAGUGAGUGUGGAACUCAUUUAUGUGAGUUCAAUGUGACAUUCUGACAUGUGACAAUCAUAGUUUUUGUGCUGAUUCGCCAUGAAUGAGACCAAUUAGGUCGUAAAUAUCAGCCUUGCUGAUAUACUAGUAAAUGAAACAAAAAAGACUAAUAUUACACCUGUUUGAAAUAAAACAUUGGCUUUGG